AUGGCGACCACCACACCGCUUCCCAGUCAGCCAGGACAAGCCACGAUAGCUCAAGCACCAGAUGAGCUUGAUAGUAAUGAGCUAACUAUUGCUUCAUUGAAAGGAUGCGAUCGCACUGUGCGGCUACUGUUAGAGCAAGGCACCGAUGUCAAUGCACAGGGGGGAUUUUACGGCAGUGCGCUAUAUGCUGCAUCAUCGGCAGGGCAUGAACAGAUUAUACGCCUGCUGUUAGAGAAAGGUGCCGACAUCAACGCCCAGGGUGGCCCUUACGGAAAUGCUUUAUAUGUCACUUCAUCGGAUGCGAAGGAACGGAUUGUACGGAUGAUAUUGGAGCACAGCCCCAAUAGCAAUACACUGGGCUACAAAAACAACUUGCUAGACCGGCUGUUGGAGAAACGCCCUGAUAUCAAAAUGCAAGGUGGUAUUUAUGGCAAUGCGCUAUACGCUGCUUCUAUAGAAGGCCAUGCACAGAUUGCACAACUGCUGUUGGAUCAAGGCGCAGAUGUCAACGCGCGAGGUGGUAUUUACGGAAAUGCGCUUUACGCUGCGUUGUCAAAAGGUCAUACCGCGGUGGUAUACCUUUUGUUGGACAAUGGCGCUGAUCCCAACGUACAAGGUGGUCACUACGGUAAUGCGCUCCAGAUUGCUUCCUCAAAAGGUCUUGCCGAUAUUACACAGCUGUUGUUAAAGAAAGGUGCGAAUACCAACGCACAAGGUGGCUAUUACGGCAAUGCACUCCAGGCCGCUUCAUUCAGGGGUCAUGAGCAAAUAAUACAGCUGCUGCUCGAGAAAGGUGUCAAUGUCAACGCACAAGGUGGCUCUUACGGAAACGCGCUCCAAGCUGCGUCGUUUGGAGGCCAUGAACGAAUUGUACUGCUGCUUUUGGAAAAUUGCGCUGAUGUUAACGCGCAAGGUGGCACCUACGAUAAUGCGCUGUAUGCUGCUUUAUCGGAAGGGCAUUAUGGAAUUGCACAGUUGCUGUUGGAAAAAGGUUGGGAAAAGUCGCCGAUGGCAACAUGCUGGCCCCAAUUCGACUCUUAUAUCGCCCAAAGAUCUGAAUAA